AUGGCCCAGCCAAGUGCAGAGCCAGUCGAGGAAUACGACUAUGAAUCUCUGCCGCCCAACUUCUCAUUGUUGCAGAAUAUGGCCGCAGGCGCCUUUGCUGGUAUAGCAGAGCACACUGCCAUGUAUCCCAUCGAUGCGAUCAAGACGAGAAUGCAGAUUCUGAACCCCAGCACCACACCCGCCUACUCGGGAGUCAUUCGCAACACUGUUCAAAUCGCCCAGACCGAGGGUUUCUUCAGCUUAUGGCGCGGAAUGUCUAGUGUCAUCGUUGGCGCAGAGGACCUGCACAUGCCGUUUACUUUGCGACUUACGAAGCAGUUAAGCAUGCCAUGGGUGGUAACCAAGCUGGUGUUCACCACCCUCUCGCUGCCUACCAGUGGUGCUGCCGCUACUAUUGCCAGUGACGCUUUCAUGAACCCCUUCGAUGUUAUCAAGCAGCGUAUGCAAAUUCAAAAUUCGAGCAAGAUGUACAGAUCUAUGUUUGACUGCGCCAAGUACGUCUACAGAUCUGAGGGUUUGGGGGCUUUCUACAUCUCUUACCCUACGACACUGUCUAUGACAGUGCCUUUCACUGCCCUUCAGUUUCUCGCCUACGAGUCCAUUUCUACCACGAUGAACCCCGCAAAGACCUAUGACCCAAUGACACACUGCUUGGCGGGCGCUGUUGCUGGUGGAUUUGCGGCUGGUCUUACAACCCCCAUGGAUGUUAUUAAGACGAUGCUUCAAACACGUGGAACGUCCACCGAUCCCCAAGUGAGAAAUGUGAACAGCUUUAUUGGCGGAUGCCGGCUGCUUUACCAAAGAGCUGGCGUCUCGGGCUUCUUCAAGGGUGUGCGACCUCGCAUUGUGACUACUAUGCCCAGCACAGCUAUCUGCUGGUCGGCAUACGAAUUUUCAAAGUCCUACUUCAUCAAGCGGAAUGACGCUGCCUGA